AAGAAAAUUUCCAACAUUUGGCAAUGAUAUAUUUCCCCGAAUAUGAGACACAGCUUCACGGGAAGGUAGAUGGGAGUUUGAACGUUGGUGUGAGCCCGUGAGGUGUGCGAUCAUUCAGUUCACAUCACACUAGCCUCUCUAAAUCGACCCGUUUCGGACUACUUGCGUAAGGAGAAGGCAAAAGAAAGAACCCCCAAAUGGAUUUGGCGGAGCUGUGGUCAAUUUUCGGGCCAGGCGUCGCCGGAGCUGUGUUCGGCGCCGGAUGGUGGUUCUGGGUUGACGCCGUUGUCUGCAGUUCUGUUGCUGUCUCCUUUAUCCACUACCUCCCAGGUAUUUUUGCUUCUUUUGCGGCUCUGAUGUUCAAUUGCGUUCGCAAAGAAGACAUCGAUUAUUCUCCAUACGAGGAGGGCGAAUGGAGGUUAAAGCUUUGGCUCUUCUUCGCUUAUGUGGUAUCAUUCGUUUCAUUAGCAGCAUCAGUGGGACUCUUGAUACAAGAUUCAGUAGUAAAAACUGGGCCAUCAGUGUGGACCGGAGUUGCAGGAGUGUUGCAGUGUGUGUUUGUGUUGGUUAGUGGGUUGAUUUACUGGACUUCUCACUCGGAGUAAGUUGGAAAGAAUUAUGCACCAAGACCUCAGAAGCUGAAGAGUUACCAACUGCAUGGAGCUUCAGUGCACUGCAAUGUCGAGUCGUUUGUGUCUAUUGACCUGAACCCAAAAGCCUUUUUACUUCUUGUAAAUGUCAUGUUAAUCUUAAGCUGAAACUGUGUCUAUAUGUCUUUAUGAAAUUCAAUAUAAGUGAGCCAGAUAAUUAAUGUUUCAGCCAUUUCAGCUUUGUGUUCAUAUCAUCUAUUUCCUUAGAAAUCAUAUGACGAUUUUCAUAUCA